AUGUACAUAGAGCUCUUCACGGACGUCCGGCGGCCAGCACCAGAUGCUGAUGAGGCCCUCCAGGUCAGAGUCAAGACGCUGGAAGUCUUUGACUCUGACUUUUUCAACAGGAUCCGCACCCGCCAAUUUACCAUUUGGCUCGUAAACGCCGGCUUCCACUGGUGUUCGAUCAUGCUGCACGCGCAGGAUGGCAAGAUCGUGGACUAUGCGAUUAACGAUCCUGAGAGAAAUGCACAAACCAUCAGCCUCGUAGACAGCCGACUACGGCGCGUGCUUGAAUUAGGAAAGACAGAGAUCGCGCCCACACCAGACAAAAGAGAAGACAUGUGGUUCCCCGCACAGCGUAAUGAUCUCUCCUGCGGGCUCAGGACGUACGAGAUCAUCCGGGUGAUGAUCGAGCGCCUCAGCGACCGCUUCCACGAGCACGGCGUGGACAACCUCUACCACAACAGCCUCUGGAACCCCAUGUCGGGCGACUUCCAGCCGCACAAGGUACGGCACCUGAUGAUGGGCAUCUCCGCGUGCAGGGUCAUGAAGCACCUCAACUACAAGGCGAGGAUGUCGGUCACGCCGAGAGACAAGAUCCGCGGCUUCCAGGGCCCUCGCGCCGCGGGCAGACUGGAUGCCUACGACUGGCUGGAGCCCGUCCAGACCCAGCAGGAAGACCCUGCCCGGCCCCGGGGGAGGGCGAGGAGGAGGAGGAGGCUUGCGGGAGACGCCAAGGCCGACGCUGAGGAUAUCGUCCAGUUUGUCGAGCUCGACAUCGAGAUGACAGAUGCGCCUCCACUGCAGGAUGAUGCACAACCGCAGCAGGCUCAGGCGGCGACAUCCCGUGCGUCAUCCCGCGCGGUCACGCGUUCGAGAUCGCGUCGGACCGGGAGUCCGAUGGAUGUGGAUGAGAGCGACGCAUCACCGCCACGAUAUCAAACGCGUUCAAAAACGAACUCCGGAACUGGUUUUCCGUUGUUCGGAUGA